UAAUAAUUCAACAAUCCGAGAAAAUGCAUCCUCUUCUUCGGUCAUUUUCGAUGGGAGACUUCGGAAGGUGCUUCCGCCGGCUUCUCCCCUGAUCCCUAACGGCUGCUAAAUCCUAUGUUUUACUACUGGUAUUUGCUGAGUUGGAAGAUCAGGAGAAUGAAUAUGUUACACAGCUCAAAGAGACCCAAGAGAUGUUGGAGAAACAUGAGGCUGCUGUUAUAGUUAAGGAGCUUGUAUCCCUUGAUAAAUUGCAGGAGAAAAGAGCUGUUGCACUCUCUGCUUUAUUUGAUAAAUACAAAACCUGUUUUUCAGAACCCAGUGCUGUUGGUGAGGCUGUCAGCAAUGGGAUGGCUGAUGCUCCUGUUUCAAAAGAGAACUCUUGUGUCACACCGGUUGUUUAUGGCUCAGGUGCAAGUCCUGCAGGAAAUGGAAAUGGAGGCAGUGAACAACUGAACAUCCCCCAGAGCUGGUCAGUCUCUGUAAAGAAAUGGAUGCGGAAGGCCUUUUCAAGUUUGUUUCAGAUAAUAGGAACUCUCGCACUUAACAGUGCAUCCAAUCCUUUCACUUUAGUUUUAGAUUCCCUAAAGCGCUUCUAAUACUGGAGAGAUUAUUGGGUCACAAAAGGAUGGGUUUGGGCUAGCAAAGGACUUGUCUUAUGUUAAUGGAAUCACUCAAACAACUGCUCGCAUAUCCUUUACAGGAUUCUCUAUCUGAUUAGCAAACACUAACAGAGAGUUGGGUGUUGUGAUUUUGAUUAUGAUAUGAUAGUGUUCAAGAUGAUAUUACAGAGAGCAUAAAACUGCAAUAUCCAAUAGUUGGCAAUAGCAUCUCAGAAUCUGUCGUGGAAAUUUCAAGAAUUCUAGUUGAUAUCCUGUCUGUGUUCAUUUUCUUUACAGUUGAAAAGCUUUCCUGGUUCGACACCAUGUGCAUAAUUAGUGCAACCAUGCAAGGCAGAGCCCAAAGAAAAAAAAAAUAGAAGAGAGAACUGCAAUGCAGAGUUCCCCUCAACUGAGUGAGAGAAGUUUGGGUAAUCUCUUUAAUCAAGUUUAAAAGUGCGUGUUCGCCAGAGUUACUUCUCACGCGACAGUGAAACACACAUUCGAUUCUAUUCCCACACUUGAUGUGCAUCUGACAAUGAAUGAUUGGCUAAAAAAGAGAGAAAAAAACGUCGGUAAAAUUGAACGUGUAUUCAUGAAAUUUAUU